AUGGUCAAACUUUACAACAACCAUCAGCAGCAGCAGAAGUAUUGGAUCGAAAAAUACAACCGGAAUAUCGUUAAAACAGCUAAGAAAGGUAAGGUCGAGCAACAGGAUGAUAGGCAGGCAGUUAGAUCGGAUGCUAGAACAGAAAGCACGUAUACCGGCGCCAUUAGAAAGUCUCUUUUACGUUUCCCAGACACCAAUUCUUCUGUUAUUGGAACGCGGAGUGAAGAUAAAAAAAGUGAGUGCAGUGCAAGUAAUGCUGGUAGCAGGUCGUCAAAGGCUUCAACGCGUGAGAAGGCAAAGCGUGAGCUACAACGGUUGCAAGAAGAGAGCACGCAAAGGCGCCAAGAAGAAGAAAUUGAGCGAAAAUUAUUGGAGAUGGAGCUGAAAGGAAUCAGGCGUGAGAAGGAGCUCAUGGAACGCAGACAUGUUUUAGAAAGGCUUGCGGAAGAAGAAACUGAACCCGAAGGCGAUUCCAGCGAGGAUGAAGAGUAUAAUCUCCGGAAAAGAGUUGAAGAUUGGCAAAAGGAUUCCGAGGUGGGUCGAAGCGAAACGACGUACGAACAGCGAAAACAAUCGACACCUAAGGAAGAGGACCGUCAAGAAGAGGAAAUUUCUGGAUGUGAAAUAGCUUGUGGUGGAAUUGGUUUGCCAGAAAUAAGUAGCGUCGCAUCGAAGUCUUUUAAAGGUACGGCUUUAAGCACUACAAAACUCUCCGAUGGCGCAUCUCAGCUGCAGAUAAUCGCGUCUAGGCAAGUUUACCCAAAGAGCUUGCCGAAAUUCUCAGGUCGACCCGAAGAAUGGCCAAUAUUCAUAAGCUCAUAUGAACAAUCGAAUACAGCCUGCGGAUUUAGUGAUUCAGAGAAUCUGGUUCGUCUACGCGAGGCUUUGACUGGAAAGGCAUUGGACGUGGUGCGGAAUCGUUUACUUCUUCCAGAAAACGUUCCUUUCAUAAUUCAAAAGUUACGCAGACGUUUUGGAAACCCCGAAGUUCUUUCAACGAUAUUGGCCGAUCGUAUACAGACCCUUCCGGGCCCCAACUCAGAAGAUCUGGAGUCUGUUAUUGAGUUUGGGAGUGCCGUUGAGGAGGUUACUCAGCACAUGAAAGCAGCGAAAUUGACAGAUCAUCUUCGAAAUCCUAUCUUGAUGCAGCGGUUGGUUCAGAAGCUACCCUCGGUCUACGCAAUGGAAUGGGUGGAGUUCAAGCGAAAACGGAUAGCGGUGGAUCUGGAGGUGUUCGAAGAAUUUAUGGAAGAGUUGGUGGACAAAGCGCUGGAGGUAACAUAUGCGCCGUGCAACAUCGAAGACCCGGUGAGAGGUCAACAGGAGUUUGAAAAUGUUCCUCCGUCUAGAACAGCUGUCUCUUCCGAAAACUAUCACUCUAAGGGCUGCUCGAUUUGCGGGUUGGCAGGACAUUUUGGACGCAAUUGCAAUGAAUUCAGAGCAUCGAAUUUGCAGGAACGUUGGAACAUGGUACAGCGGUUAGAGUUGUGCCCAUUGUGCCUGUACAACCAUAACGGAAAACAUUGCAUGUCGAAACGCCGAUGUGGUACGAAUCGUUGUGAUCAGAGACAUCAUCCACUCUUACACUGGGAGUCAAAUUCAAACGCACCGCAUUUGAUUGCGAGCUGCAACAGUCAUCGACAGUCAGUCAUAUUUCGAAUGAUUCCUGUAGUGGUUUACAGCGACCUAAAAAAACUGAAGGCGUUAGCGCUGAUAGACGAAGGAUCAUCAGUGACACUGAUUGAGGACGAACUAGCUAAGGAGUUGGGAUCAAAAGGAAACAUAGAACCUCUGGAAAUGAGUUGGACCAACGGAAUGAGUACGGUGGAGAAUCGAUCAGCUAAAAUACACCUUCAAAUAUCGGCUGUAGAUGACAUGAACCGCUUCGAUCUGAUUGAUGCUAGAACCGUCCGUAAACUGGACUUACCCAUGCAAUGUUUGGACAGCGGUGAGCUGCGUGAGAAAUUCUUACACCUGCGGGACAUUGAAAUCCCAAGCUACGGGUCAACAAAACCGAAGUUGUUGAUUGGAAUCAACAAUGCUCAUCUUAUCGCCCCGCUUCAAUCCCGAAUAGGAGAGUUAGGAGAACCCGUCGCUAUACAAUGUCGGCUAGGAUGGAGUUUGUACGGACCACGAACAGGUGUAGUAGCCAAUGUACAUUUCUUGGGACAUCACCGCUCCUGCGACGAGUGCGAUAGAAACGACCGAGAAAUGAAUGAGUCCUUGAAAGAAUAUUUUAGCUUCGAAGCAGUUGGGAUAUCUCCAGUUCUGCUGGAAUCGAACGUAGACCGGCGAGCUCGCGAAAUAUUGGAGCGAACGACAAGGCGUACAGGAGAUCGUUUCGAAUCUGGGUUGCUGUGGAAAACAGACAACGUGAGGUUCCCGGAGAGUUAUCAAAUGGCUUUGAAACGAACAAAUAGCUUGGAUCGUAGAAUGGAUAAGCAGCCGGGCGUUCGUGAGGCCAUUUUAAAACAGUUGCACGAGUACAUCGAGAAGGGUUACGCUCAUUUGAUUACAGAGCUAGAAUUACAAAACACUCCGCCGGAGAGGACGUGGUACCUGCCCCUAAAUUUUGUAAUUAAUCCGAAGAAGCAAGGAAAGAUGCGUCUAGUAUGGGACGCCGCUGCUAAGAACAAAGGAGUUUCGCUCAACGAUUUUCUUCUGAAAGGGCCGGAUAUGGUUUCGUGUUUAUCAACAGUUAUCAACGGUUUUCGGGAGAGACGGAUUGCUUUUGGAGCGGACAUUCGAGAAAUGUUCCACCAGAUACGUGUGAGAUCGGAGGACCGCCAGGCUCAACGCUUCUUGUUUCGUACAGAUGUCGCAGAGCCGCAGAUAUUUGUAAUGGACGUGGUGGUGUUCGGAGCUAGCUGUUCUCCUUGUACAUCGCAGUACGUCAAAAACUUAAAUGCUCGAGAGCAUGCAGUGCAGUACCCUGAGGCGGCAAAGGCUAUCAUCGAGAAGCAUUUCGUCGACGAUUAUUUUGAUAGUGUUGACACGGAAUGUGAAGCUGUUCAGAGGGCUAAGGAUGUAAAAGCGGAACAUGCAGCUGGCGGCUUCGAAUUGCGGAACUGGAUGAGUAAUUCUCCUGAAGUGCUCAAAGAACUUGGCUCUACUUCCAUGGAAUCUGCUAGGUUUGUUGAAGUUAACAAAACUGAUAAUGUUGAACGUGUUCUGGGUAUCAGUUGGAAUGCCGUCAAGGAUACAUUUGUUUUUUCGACAGACAUGCGCGCGGACCUGCACCCCUUUAUUAAGGAAGGUGCAUGGCCCACUAAACGAAUUGCGUUGAGGUGCAUCAUGAGCAUGUUUGACCCGAAACAAUUUCUGGCGCCAAUCCUGAUCCACGGACGGAUAAUUAUGCAGGAUGUAUGGCGAAGUGGAAUCGAAUGGGACGAUAAAUUGAGAGAGGAGCAGUAUCACCAAUGGUUACGUUGGACAAAUCUAUUUCCGUUGAUCGACACCGUUGAAAUUCCUCGUUGUUACCUUGGCAGAUUCGACUCAACAUCGUACGAGAGUGUACAGUUGCACGUUUUCUCCGAUGCCGGUGAAGACGCGUAUGGCACUGUUGCAUACUUCCGGUUUGUGAAAGAUGAACUGAUUCAUUGUGCCUUUAUCGAAGCCAAAGCCAAAGUUGCUCCAUUACAGCACAUGUCGAUACCCAGGAAAGAAUUGCAAGCCGCGACAUUGGGGGCCCGCCUUGCAAAAGGCAUACGAGAGAGUCAUUCCUUUCCAAUUACCAAAACGGUUAUGUGGACAGACUCGAAGGCGGUUUAUUCGUGGAUUAGAUCAGAGCGGAAGAAAUUUAAAGAAUUCGUAGCUCAUCGUGUUGGUCAGAUCUUAAGCUUAACCAAUCCUGAAGACUGGCGAUGGGUACCAUCAAAAGAAAAUGCAGCAGAUGAUUUAACUAAAUGGGGGAAAGGAACGGAAAUCAAUUCAGAUAGUCGGUGGUUCAAGGGUUCUGAAUUUUUGCACCAGUCGGAAGAAAAUUGGCCAGAACAAAACCAGAAUAUUAUAGUCAUCGAGGAUGAAGUUCGAGCUCAUGUUCUGUUCAGCGCUACAACUUGUACGGAUGUUUUUGGAAGCCGGAUUGAGCAUAUAUCGAGGUGGUCUAUUUUAGUGCGCAUGGUGGCAACAGUGUACCGUUACGUCGAAAAUUGCAAGCUUCGAGUGGCAAAUAAACCGAUAGACGCCCUUCCUACAAAUGCGGCCGGCAGAAAAUCGCAGAUUCCAGGAGUGGUUGUACCCCUUCGACAAGAAGAAUAUUUCAUGGCGGAAAAUUGUUUGUGGCGGAUGGCGCAGCAGGAGGAAUACGCGGAUGAAAUAGCUCUACUGUCACGAAACCGAAAAGUACCGAAGGAUCAGCAGAGACAACUGGAACGUUCUAGCAAUCUGUAUGACAAAUCGCCCUUUCUUGAUGAGUUCGGAGUUCUACGGGUAGAAGGAAGAACAGUAUUCGCAGAUUUCGCUAGCUAUGAUGCAAGAUUUCCAAUAAUUCUUCCCAAAAGGCACCCGAUAACUAGGAAAUUGGUCGAAAAUUGUCAUCAAAGAACGAAUCACAGCAGCAGAGAAACAGUUGUUAACGAACUAAGGCAGCGUUUUUGUAUUGGGUCCCUGAGAGCGAUUGUAGAGUCGGUUAUAAAGGAAUGUCAGUGGUGCAAAGUGCACAAAGCGCGACCGUUCAUUCCCAAAAUGGCACCUUUACCGAGACAACGAAUGGCCCUGGGAGUAGAGCCAUUUUCAUACGUUGGAUUAGACUAUUUUGGUCCACUAGAAGUUUCUGUUGGAAGACGACGAGAAAAGCGUUGGGUGGCCUUGUUUACAUGCAUGACGACUCGUGCCGUGCAUCUGGAGGUGGCUCAUACUUUGAAUACGGAAUCGUGUAAAAUGGCUAUCCGAAGGUUUGUGAAGAGGAGGAGAAGUCCGCUUGAAAUAUUUUCCGAUAACGGAACGAAUUUCGUUGGAGCCAGUAGAGAACUAGCCGCUGCGAUCCGAAAGAUCAAUGGAGACUGUGCCGACACUUUCACAUGCUCAAAAACUAAGUGGACCUUCAAUCCACCAGCAGCACCACAUAUGGGUGGAGUAUGGGAGCGGAUGGUUCGAUCGGUAAAGGUAGCCUUGAACACAAUCGUAGACGGAGGAAAACUCACGGAUGAGAUUCUAUCUACUGCUUUAGUGGAAGCAGAGGAUUUGAUCAACUCCAGACCACUGACAUAUGUUUCGACAAAUGUCAAGGAUGACCUGGAAGCUUCUACGCCGAACCACUUUUUGAAAGGUUGUGCCGCCGAAUGUCUUCCACCUCGGAGUCAAACAGAACAAGUGGACGCUUUACGAAGCAGAUACCAUCGCGCACAGCAACUGGCUGACAAGUUAUGGCAAAGGUGGCAGCAUGAAUAUUUUCCCAGUUUAAAUAAACGCACAAAAUGGUUUGAAGACGUCAGAGAAAUAGCUGUAGGAGAUCUAGUGUUCGUACAGGAAGAAAAUAAACACGAAAGAGGAAUCGUCACAGAGGUCAAAGUCGGUAUGGAUGGGAGAGUUCGUUCAGCAGUUGUGCAGGUGAACAAUAAAAAGAAGCUGCGACCAGUGUCAAAAUUGGCUGUACUCGAAGUUGAAAGUGGUAAACCCAGCAGAAAUUAA